AUGUUCGGUACGUCAGGUACGUUUGGAAACAGACCCACAGGGCUUUUUGGUUCAACGCCAACAACUACUCAGAAUCAAAUGAAUGCACUUGAAGUUCCAUCGCCCCCAGAUGAUACUGUUCAAGUUUUAAAAUUCAACCCUCCAAUAACAGGACGGCCUUUUCUGUUAUCAUCUGGUAGUUGGGAUAGUGUUGUUAGAGUUUGGCAAGUCAAUGAAAAUGGUCAAUGCGAACCGAAAGCCCAACAAACUGUAGGCGGCCCAGUAUUGAGCUUAGAAUGGUUUGAAGAUGGUACGAAAUUGUUUAUUGGCAGUGCGGAUCAGAAAGUUUAUUGUUGGGACUUGGAAUCUAACCAAGUUUUAGUUUGUGGAACGGUAUUACUGUCAAUGUUAUUUCAAAUGCCUACAGAGGCUUUUUGGACUUCUCAAGUAACUGAUAAUGGAAGAAUGAAAAAAGUUUUUUUUUUUCUGAAAAAUAAAAUAGCAGUGUUCUCAACACUGAGCGACGUAAUUUCUUUUAGGUUUUGGGAUAUGAGGCAGUUACCAACCCAAACUUCGCUUGCUACGAUCCAACUGCCGGAACGUGUAUAUUGUGGUGAUAUGCUUUACCCCAUGGCUGUAAUUGGUCUUGCAAAUCGGCGGAUGAAAGUAUACAAAUUGGAUAGCGAGCCGAGGGAAGUUAAAGAUACUGAAACCACUUUGAAAUUUCAGAGCCGGUGUGUUGCAAUUUUCAAAGAUAAAAAUAAUGUGCAUCCUGCGGGUUUUGGCCUUGGUUCUAUAGAAGGGCGUGUGGCCAUUCAGUAUGUUGAAGCGACUAAUCCUAAAGAUAAUUUCACUUUUAAAUGCCAUCGUUCACCUGAGUUGAUUAAUGGUUUUCAAGAAAUUUAUGCGGUUAAUGAUAUAUGUUUUCAUCCCAAAUAUGGCACUUUGGCGACAGCUGGGUCCGACGGUAGGAUAUCCUUCUGGGACAAGGAUUCUCGUACAAAAUUAAAAACUUCAGAUGCAAUGCCGCAUCCUAUAACUUGUAUUUCUUUGCAUGGUUCUGGACAAAUUUUGGCAUAUGCUGUCGGAUACGAUUGGAGCAAGGGUCACGAAGGCAAUAAUCCCAGUCAAGGAGCAAAGAUAUUCUUAUAUCCUUGUGAUCAAGAACUGAAACCAAAACCUAAGAAAUAG